AUGCCGCUCGUGCUCAAGUUCAGCAACCCAGGGGUCAACGCGCCGCACGGCGCAGUGGCUAGUUCCAUUUCACUGUGGCACAGCUCGCGUUACAAAACCUUGAUUUUGACCAUUUGCGCCAUUUUGUCCCUCUCGGACACGGUCUCGACGCGCUCGGCUGCCACGACGAGGUCGAGCACGCUUCUAUACGCUCGCCCAGCCUUCCUUUCCAUCCCAUUAGGCAGCCUGGGAACGGUGGCGGCUGACUUUGAGGCACCAUCAUCGGACGAUGUCGACGAGUUGGGUCGCUCUCGCGGUAGCCAGAUGACCCUCCUAUGCUAG